AUGGUAGACUGCCCACAUUUAGUUCAUUCAGUCUGUAUUGCUAAACUGGAUCUGGAACAAUUGAAGCGUUUAAGCUCAAAACGUGUUUUCAAGGUUGGAAAAGAGUACGAAAAGGAAGUUAUGAGUAGUUUUUUGAAAAACGGUAUUAUAUACGGAGAAACGAGUAAAAAACUGGAUGAGGCAGAUGAUACUAAUUGGAACUGCGUUGAAUGCGGUACCUCACAGUGCCCAUGGUUAUGUCUUUCGUGUGGGCUAAUUCACUGUGGAAGCUACCAAUGUGAUGAUUACGUUGGAAAUGAUACGGAUGAUAACAAAAUUGCAUCUGUACGAUCAUCAUUGCAGUUUUAUAAUCGCUUACGAUGUGACGACCAUAAUUAUUCUUCUUCUAAAUAUGAUAGUGUUUUGGAGCCGGAAGAUGUUGUCGAAAUUUCUGCCGACGGUUCUCUUCAGCCCUUUUGUGAUGAAGGCGUUGGAGAGGAGACAGACGAAUCUGUUACCAAUAAUGAUUCAGAUUCGCCAUUAUACAAUUCCGUUGUCGACUCUUCUGGCUCGCAUUACUGUGGGCAGAGUGAAACUAAUGAGUUUAAAAAUAGUCUUGAUAUUCAAACGGAUAAGAAUGGGUUUAUUCUUGCAAGCUCCUCAGGUAUAGAUUCCUUACAUCGUUUUAUUUCACGGAAAAUUGAUUAUAAUGAAAAGAAUUUUUUAAGCCUUCAGUCUUUGUCUGCACAAGGUUCAGCGUUCCUAGAAAGCGGAGUCAGGAAGAGGAAACGAGAGACUAGUCGACCAUUAGAUGCAGGACAGAAAUCAUCAGCGAGUGAUGAGAUUUUAUCUUAUGCUCCAGCCAACAAUCGUUUGUCACCGAAUAUGAAAAAAAUUGAAGCAGAUAGGAAACUACGUGGGUUGAGGAAUCUUGGAAAUACGUGUUUCAUGAAUUCAGUUCUUCAGGCUUUAGGUUGUAUCGAAAUAUUCCGGUAUUUUAUGAGAAAUUUACCUCCAACUGAUUGCUAUACCUACAUGACAGAUCCUGUUUCACCACAAUCACCGCGAUAUUACACAAGAAAUUCAUCUACGUUGUCACUGAGUGAAGCCGGUGUUCAGCCAACGUUUGUUUCUGAAGAGCUGCGUAAGACGCUAAUUGAAAUAUCAAACAUAUCUGAGAUAUCGAAUAGUGGCAGUUCUAUAAAUGCGUUUGGCCCUGUAGCUUUUUUAGAAGAAGUCCGCAAGUUUGCUCCUCGUUUCAGGGGGUUUCAGCAACAUGAUGCUCACGAGUUUCUCAGAUGUAUUCUUGACAGAAUGCAGGUGGAGUUGAAGAACUACCGUCUUCCAGAUUGGCUUAUUUCUGAAAUUGUUGAAGAUGGAGUGCAGAAACUUAACGGGUCACAUUUCUCAACAACGAAGCAUGAGAAUAACAGUUCAAAGGAUGAAAAAAAGUGCCCUAUAGCAGCGAUGUUUGAAGGGACCCUACAGAGCCAAGUGACAUGCUUGUCGUGCAGCACCAUCAGCAAUAAACAGGAUCCUUUUUUAGAUCUUUCAUUGGAUAUUCUCUGCCCUUUAAACAGUUCAAGAACGGCUGUUGUACAAUUGUCUGAUUGUUUGCAACGUUUUUUUGCAAAAGAAGAGUUAGACAGUGAUGAACAGUACAUGUGUAAUAAGUGCAGCGGGAAACGGCCGUCGACAAAGCAGCUCUUCAUCAAGGUGCUUCCCAACGUUCUUUGUCUGCAUUUGAAACGUUUUCGGUGGUCGAGCUUUCAUCGUGGCAAGCUUGAUAAUAUGGUUGAGUUUCCUUUAAAAGGACUUGAUAUGAAACCGUACAUGACAUUUUCAUUCGUUUCCGAUUCAAGGUCUGAAACAGAUCAUUUAUCGCCAGAUUCGCGGUCGAACAGCUAUUCAUCUUGUUCUUCACUUAGCGGAUGCUUAGAAGAUAAUAUGAUAUACGAUCUGACAUCACUUGUUGUGCAUCAUGGGGGAGGGUAA